AUAAGUAGGCUGGUAUAUGAAUCAAAUUAAUGCGCAUUAAAAAGUGUCUGUAAGUUGUGUCUGUCACGAUGUAAAUGUUAUUAGUUAAAAAGAGGUUGCCAAACUGACGUGCAGCAUUAGAGCGAUUGACGAUUGAGCGGGAGGAGAUAAAUCACACUGCGCUGGGAUUACCUUCCAUCUGAAAGACACUCGUUUCCUUUCGACGCAUUUAGAAAUCUUCCCCCUACAGUUUUAUGUUCUGAAUCGUUUUCCCCCUCGUACACUCGGGAGUGACAGAGACCGACAUGAAGUAGCCCCAUAACUGGAAGUCGUAUUUUGCCUACUUGGAUAUCUAUGACUUUUUGGAGGGCUCUGGGUUCAACGAAAGAUGAAGAUGCCUCUUUCGGUGUUGUUAAUACUUUGGAUGUUUUCUAUGGUGAAUGGGAAGCAUCCAAUGUGUCACUUCAUGUCUGAAAUACAGAGAGCAGGGAAAGCUUGUAUUGGAAGACUGGGGGAACAGCCACCUCCCAAUUUCCAAGGUUGCCGGGGCAUGUGGGACAACAUCUCGUGCUGGCAGCAUGCGCAGGUCGGCGACGUGGUCACCAUCGGCUGCCCGGAGGUGCUCAGGAACCUGUUCGGCACAAACGGAAACAUCAGCAGGAACUGUUCUUCUGAUGGAUGGUCCGAAGUCUACCCCGGCAUCCACAGUGUUUGCUGGGACAAGCCACGACCCAGCAGGGUGAAAGCCCAGCUGGCGUUUUACGUGGUGGUGAAGACGCUCUACACGCUGGGCCACAGCCUCUCCCUCAUCGCCCUCAUCACGGGCAGCGCCAUCCUGUGUCUGUUCCGAAAGCUCCACUGCACAAGGAACUACAUCCACCUGAACCUGUUCCUCUCCUUCAUUCUGCGAGCCAUAGCGGUGCUCACCAAGGACACCAUUUUGUUUACCGAAGACGAGAACUGCUCAGAGCAACCAUCCUUUAUUGGGUGCAAAGUGAGCGUGGUGUUUUUCCACUACUUUGUAAUGGCCAACUUCUUCUGGCUGUUGGUGGAGGGCUUGUACCUUCACACCCUGCUCAUGGUCAUCUUCUCCGAGAACAGACACUUCAUCGUCUAUCUCCUCAUCGGAUGGGGAUUCCCCACGGUGUUUGUGAUAGCAUGGAUCAUCAGCAGAGUGUACCUGGAGGACACAGGGUGCUGGGAAUGGAAUGACUCCGACAUCCCUUGGAGGGUGAUCAACUGGCCCAUUAUGGCGUCUGUUAUAAUCAAUUUUAUCCUCUUCAUCAGCAUCAUACGGAUCUUGGUGGAGAAGCUGAGAUGCCCAGAUGUUGGAGGAACUGAUCAGUCUCAGUACAAGAGGCUGGCGAAAUCAACACUUUUGUUGAUUCCCUUAUUUGGAGUACAUUACAUAGUGUUUGUUUACAUCAUGGGGAACAACAGUCAAGCCAUAGAAAAAUACAAAAUAUUCUUUGACUUGUGCGUCGGAUCAUUUCAGGGCCUUGUUGUUGCUACCCUGUACUGCUUUUUGAACAGUGAGGUCCUGAGCGAGCUCAAGCGGAAGUGGCGAAGCGUGUGCCUCAAGCGCUACGUCGGCCAGGACUACCGGCAGCACAGCUCGUCCAUCUCUCGCAACGGCAUGGACAAUGUGUUGCAGUUCCGCCGCAACACCCGGGCUCAGUCUUUCCUGCAGACGGAGACCACCGUGGUGUAACCCGGACUUUUGGGAAUCAGUGGGGUGGACAUCUCCUGGAGAUUUGACUUUGACCUUUCUACUGGGGGGGGUACAGCCGACUAAAGUGUGAAGUCCUUCUUGUGCUAUUGAUUUUGUUUCCAUUUUUGAAAUCCCAGAAUUUGGUCUUAACAUUGUGUUCUGGGUCAUGCUUAAAUGUCAAACAUUUACAUCACAACAGCUGUGGUAUUUGUCACAGUGGCUUUGUGCUUGAAGCUUGAUUAUUUGAUUAAUAUGGUUAUUUUAGUACCUCUUUGAUACUGGCUUGAUGCUUUGUGGCAUUUAGGUUCAAAUUAAGUUUGUAUAUCACAGAGACGUGCUCUAAUCAAAGGCAAACGUCACAUGGGGGACAAGGCAGCUCAUUUACUAGGGUUAAUAGUGUCCACGAUAUUCAAGUGUGCUAAUAAUCUUAAAGCAACACCAUGUAAGUUUUGCUCUCGGGGUCCCCCUACAGUUGGGAAACGGCCAUUUCUUAUAUAUGUCGUAAAAUCUGUCACGGUUACACCAGAAGCAAGUUAGACAUAUAGCGUACAGUAUAGGCUAGACUUG